GGGAUAAGUGCAUCUCGAACACUUCUUUCACCCAUCCGUCUUGUAGUUUUCGAGUCUUGUCCUGUGCUUGUCCUGGACUUCGACCACACGGAGUUUGCCAGUGUUGAAGGUCAACGGGUUUAGUGUUGGUUUCAUUCUUGAUAAGCCCUGAAAAUCGCAGCAUUAUAUCGCAUUCUAUCGGCUGCAGUCGGGAGAUCGCUGUUUGGUGCUGCCUGCCUCUCCCUUUCCCCCGAAAGUUUCUGGCUGCAUUGGAUCAGAGUUUCCUGUCAGCUUGCCUGGUCGAAUCGGGUUCGAGUAGAACUCCGACUUGAUCUACAUUGCCUUGGACACAAUCUUGGGAAACUCUGGUAGUGUUCCCGCUUCUUACCAGAGUCAAAUCCGCAGUGUGUGAGAUCAUAUCUUCCUCAACACACUUUCUCUACGGAGGAACCUUGGUGUGCUGAUUCAGUUGGAUCUGGAGCAUUACAGGAUCUUGGAGUCCAGAUAGUGCAGUCACUCACAAGCGGAUGUUUGUUGGUUUUGAUCCAAUGAGUCCAGAGGGGAGCACUUCGGCGAACGCGAAUCCGCAUUAGUUUAAGGUUGGGACUUGUGUACGGAAUCGCAAUCUGUCGAACUCACUUGGACGCAGAUUGAACCAGAUGAUGGAUUUCUAGUCUCGUCUCGGCUAUACGGCGAUCUAAAAUCACACCUGAUCUGUAUUAAGAUAUCAGCUAGGUCUCACAAGUUCUAGACGUGCAGCAGUGAACUGGUAUCACUCUUGGUUACGUGUGGUUUUUAUCACAUUGUUCCUUUCGUAGUAUCUGGUUGUUUGAAUUCUUUGAAUCCUUUUUGCAUGGAAGUAGUUUAAUAUGGCCUGUUGCCGCUCUCCAUGAUUCUAUUACGUUUAAAGACCCAAGCGAGUUAUUCUGUUCCUGCUGUUGGUUUGGCACCACAUUAGUCCCGGAUCUCAAUAACUAAUGGCCGAGAAAGAAAGGUGGGUAACGUUAUAGACGUCUCUGGUUGGGGCUUCCCACUGGCACUCCAGCUGUGGACUUUUCUAUUUCACAGCAGCUCAGUUCAGUGAAGAUUGUCCUACAGGAAUAAAGACUUUGUAGAUCUCCUGGACGUGGAGGAAACGAAUUCCAUGUCUGCGUGAAGGUCUCGACAAGGACAAACUUCACUUAUUCGAUCGACUUGUAAGCUGGGAAGGACUGUCAAGAUGACGGCGGCUGCUCCUCCAGCUCUACCUAAUCCCUAUAACGCCGAUGUCUCAGGAAGCUUUCAAGCGCCCAGCUUCUCCAUAAAUCCGGGUUUCAUAAUGAACGAUGCUCUGGCCUCUGCACUGGGCAUGGGAGGUGGGCCAUUUUAUCACUUCGCUGACAAUCCACAUCUUGGCAUUCCGUGGCCAGAGUACGUGUAUGGGAGUACUCCAACUAGCAUCCUCGGCAUUGCCAAUAGUUUGUCUCCAACGCUGUCUUUCAGCGACUCAUCCGUGUACUCCACGGAUGAAUCCGACCUGCUUUCGGACGAGUUCCUGAAGCAGAUGAAUGGGUGCACUCCCGUUCCAAGUUCGAUGUCAAGCCCAGUGCUGAGCCCGGUGCCAAGUCCAGUCACUAUGCAUCCCAACCUCGUCAGUACAUUGAAGAACAUGGUGGCGCCAGGGGUGACUACAUACAAUGCGCAACCCAGUGUGAUUGCUUACUUAGAGCAACUGACCAGGGGAGAGGUGCAAGACCGGAUGGAAAAGCAUCGUCAACAGGACCAUCAAAAACAGAUGUUUGAUCACACUGACGCUCGAAGCGCGUACCUACGACACACUCCCCAACUGGUGGUGGCACCUAAAGUGGAGGUUCAGGACUUGCCAGAGAAUGUUGGAGGUUUGUAUUCAAGCCCCUCGGUCGCCGACGAUCCCGCUAAGGUGAAGGCUGUUGAGAAGUCAGAGACUGAUGACAACAUUGAAGCAGCCGUGGUCUCCGUGGACUUGAUAAAGAACAGGCGCCCAUUCAGAUGUCAGUACGAUGGAUGCAAUAAAACUUUCAAGAACCCGCAGACAAUGAAGAUGCACCAUAAGACGCAUUGGAGCGAGGGAGGCGCCGGAGGCAAAGGCUGCUCGUUACCGACCUUGACGAGUUCCUUGAAGGCGGGACAUAAUAAGAAGAUCCCCUCAAGGUGUCCCAAGUGUAAGAAGACUUUCGUGGGUCUCUACGAGCUCAGGCGUCAUUACGGUCGGAAGCACUCGGAAGGGGAGAAGCCAUUCGGAUGUCGCAAGUGCGGGAAGAAAUUCUACAUAGAGGUGGAUGUGCGUGACCACGAGAAGCUUUGCGGUGAGCCGAUUGAAUGCAAAUGUGGACUAAAAUUCGCCUUCAAGUGCAAUCUUGUAGCGCACAAGAAGGCCCAUCCAGCUUGCCAAGAUAAUCCACCGAGCAACUCCCACUCCACCGCCACCACUUACCAAUCAUCAACGACCUCUGACGACACGGAACGGAGCCUCGCCAACCCAGGGCAAGCGAGGACAGGUUACAAACGAGCACGAGAGGAUUUCGUGGGCCCGAUGCAGUCAAGCAUGCACAUUCCACUGCCGGAGUUUAAAGAGAUUCUUGAAGCCCCAGAUUUCAAAAUGGCACGCCAUGAAUAUCGAGGGCUAUCGUUUCUGACUGAAACUGGUUCGCCAUGGGCUGCCGACAUUAACUAUCCCGCUGUUUCUUUCAAUUCUAUAUCAGGGGUGGGUUUACACUCUGGCCUGUCAAAUCUUGGCUCUCAAGAGUUUCAGCAAAACCACCAACAAUUCUCUAGCAAACUAUAUCGACAACCAAUUCCAGCAACUUUCAACAAAGCUGUGAAUUGUGAGAUGGGUAUGGCACUCAACCAGCAUCAAUUCAAGACAUGGUCUGGCUGAUCCAUCACCUCAAACACUCUACACACCAUUAGACAUAUUUUUUUUCUUCUAUUUUUCCAAUUUUCCGGCGGCCGUACUCCGUCGAGGAGUUCUCAUAGGCUUUGACCAUCCCUCCCAUCAUGUGUGGUCAAGGUCUAUGAGGACAAAUAAUAAGUGGCGAAGCGAGCACGAACCACUUUCAUAGACUGCUUUGGGGAAGAGCAUAUCAUACCAUAGGUUUCCAAGUUCCGGAAGGUGGUCGCGGAUUGUAUCUGUAAGAUCCUUCUCGUUUAGCUCGCUUCUGCGGACCAUAAUUGGUUUUUGAUGCUUAGUUCCUAUUACCAUACUUGUGCCUCAAACCCCAUGUUAUUAGACUCUGAUGGGUUACAAAUUGCAAUAAAACAGUGGCGACACAACAAUGUUCACUCUC